UAGUGACGAUCACAUGGCGCUGUAAACAUGCGAUUAGCGAUUGAUUUACUGAGUUGUAUUCAUUAUAUUAGAGUUUGUAAUUCAGUAGAAUUCUGUCUGGAGAGCUGUUGCGAGACCGCAGCUGCUUUUUGGUGCUGAACUGUCAAACAUGUCGCUGUUUCAAGUGAACAGGUAUCAAGGGGAGGAUGAGGAACUCACAGCCUCAGCACAGUCCCGCUCGCAAGCAUUGCUCGCCAAGCUUCAGCAGAAGGCAAAGGACAAGCAGAACCAGAAACCUCCGUCAACAGAAACACUUGUUGCUGUUGACGAACAGAAGACGAAAAGAAGAGCCCAAUCAGAUGACAGCCAUGAUAGUCAAAUGAAAAAACAGAGGAAGGCAGAACCCUUAACUUCCAGUAUCUUGGACUCAGUUGAGGAGCCGGUGAAGGAGCAAAAGCAGAAAAAAAAGAAGAAGGAAAAACUGAAGGAAGUUCAGUCAGCUCCACUGUCAGACACUUCGGUCCCAGUGAAAGAUGGCAAAGACGAAGAAAGAGAAAACAAAAACCUUUCUUCAGUUCCCUCUAGCUUCACAGUUCUGGGAGGUUUUGAGAACAAGCCAAUUCAAAAGGUCCACAGAGUCCUACCUCAGUGGCUGGCUCAGCCUGACCUCAUUCAGCGAGACAUUAAAAACAACCUGGUUCCCAUAUCUGAGGUCCAAUACCUUUCUGCUCAGCUGCUGAGCAAGCUACGCAGCCACGGCGUGGAACACUUCUUCCCAGUGCAAGCAGAGGUGAUCCCUGCAAUCCUGGAGAGCGCCCAGCAGGGGGUGCUGAUUGGACGAGGGGGGUACAAGCCCAGAGACCUGUGUGUUUCAGCACCAACUGGCAGCGGCAAGACUCUAGCUUUUGUUAUACCUGUCAUACAGGUAAGCUGGCCUUCAGCUGGUGAGAAUAAACAUCAAGUAGCUGUAAACCCGCUUCUUCCUCAGGUGCUGAUGGAGCGCGUGGUGUGUGAGGUCAGAGCACUGGCCGUGCUUCCGACGAAAGAACUUGCCCAGCAGGUCUGUAAAGUGUUCAAGUCUUAUGCCGAGGGAACGUCGCUAAGGGUGGUGAUGCUGGCAGGUCAGAGGUCACUGGCGGCAGAGCAGGCGUCUUUGUCAGAAUGCAGAGGAGGGGCUCGACGCAGUUUGGCUGACAUCGUUGUGGCCACUCCAGGUCGCCUGGUUGAUCACAUUAAUGAGAACUCAGGCCUCAACCUGGAACACCUCCGCUUCUUGAUUAUCGACGAGGCGGACAGGAUGAUCGACGGCAUGCACCAGUCCUGGCUGAGUCAGGUGGUCAAGUCAGUGUACAGGUCAGGCGACGGAGCGGAGAAGGCUCUCUUCAGGCGGACUGAACCGGCGUUCGUCUCAGCAGCCAGUCUGUCCCCACCUCAGAUGCCGCUGCAGAAGCUUCUCUUCUCGGCAACACUCACGCAGAACCCAGAGAAGCUGCAGCAGCUCGGCCUCCACCAGCCGCGCCUCUUCAGCUCAGUCCAGGAUCAGGCCGCCGGCGCCAAACAGACUCAGGAGCGAUUUGACUUUCCUCAGGGUUUGACGGAGUAUUACAUGCUGUGCACACUGAGCAAAAAGCCUCUGUACAUCCUCCAUCUCAUCCUGCGCAUGAAGCUCCAUCCCAUCCUGUGCUUCACCAACUCCAGAGAGGCCGCGCACAGGCUCUACCGGCUGGUCCAGCUCUUUGGAGGCAUCCAGGCUGCAGAGUUCUCCUCUAGACUUUCUCCAGCUGAGAGGAAGAAGACUCUGAAGCAGUUUGAACAAGGGAAGAUCCAACUGUUGAUCAGUACCGAUGCUGCUGCCCGUGGUAUCGACAUCAGCGGGGUGAAGUAUGUGGUGAACUAUGAUGCACCCCAGUAUAUCAGGACCUACAUCCACAGGAUCGGAAGAACAGCCCGUGCUGGGAAAGCAGGUCUGGCCUUCACCUUCCUGCUCAAAGUGCAACUGGAAAAGUUUCUGCCGAUGGUGGCAGAAGCCGGAAGUCCUGGGAUACAGAAGCAUUUAAUAAAAGCUGAGAACUUUAAAGGUUUGGAGGCCAGAUAUGAACAGGUGCUGCAGGAGUUGGCCACUGUUAUUAAGGAGGAACAAUUCCAGAAAUGAUGGACUGACGCGAUGCUUUUUUUUUUCUUUUUAAUAAAUGUCCUUGUUUGCACAGAGUAUAUCCUAAAAUUCAGUGACUCCCCCUCCUGAAGCUGAUCAAUCCUCGACACAUCUGGUCAGGUUUACUUUCUCCACUCCGCCGACUCUGUGUCCCCUCACCCCGGCCAGGUAAACCUGGGGUCGGGGCACGUUGCUGUGUCCGUCUCUCCUGGUCUGGCUGCAGUUUUCCUUCACUCUCCACGUCUGGCUGCAGUUCUCUCGCCUCAUGUGACUAUUGCUGGUCUGGGCUGAGUGUGUGACCUUGGUGCGCAGGUCCGUCUGCAGGAGGAAGCAGAACGUUACUCCCGGUUAUUGUAUUAGAUCUUACAUUAUAGUUUACAAUUAAGAAGGAAUAACAGUCUGCUGUUAUGUUAGGCAAAUGUGUGAACACAAAAGGAAUAAAACAUCACGGUAAUAU